AUGACCAUGCGACCAUCUCUCCCCGCACGCCUCCCAGCGACGUUUCUCGCAAAAUAUCCCAAGCUCACCCGCGAGCAGGCCGGUCACCUGCGCCACACCCAUAACCUUGCAACUCUCCGCGAUGGUGAAUGGGGUGUCAUGGGCUCUCAAGAGCCUGGACAGGAGUGGCUCGAUGCAUACCGCUAUCAACUAGCUACAAUGGCCUACGCUGCUGGUGCAGCACAUUAUCACCGCCUUCCUGCCCUUCGCUCCAUCUUCCAACACCUUCUUGAUAAACUAAUUAAGAAAAUGUUGCGCCGGGAAGUCUGGGGCUACUGGUUCCUGACAAGUCAUAGCGGGAAGUUUGUGGACCCGGAUUUGGAACGGCUGAGACAGCCCUGGGCGGAUCCAAUUGUAAGGGAGAACAUUAUGUACUCCGGCCAUUUGCUUCUCAUGGUAUCCUUGUACAGAAUGUUGUUUAACGACGACAAGUAUAACAAGGAAGAUGCAUUGUCUUUUACUUGGAACCCCAUCUUCUGGGGCAUGGGACCCGAAAAGUUCUCAUAUAACCGCGAGACUCUGCAAAAGGCCAUCAUCAAGGAAAUGGAGCGCGAGAACUGGCUUGGCGUGUGCUGCGAACCAAAUAGCAUCUUUAUCGUCUGCAAUCAAUUUCCGAUCAUUGCCAUGAGAUAUAACGAUUGCCGUGAUGGUACCAAUGUCGCGGAAGAAGUACUGAGCAAGUAUAGUGCUGCCUGGAAAGAAAAAGGUAUGACCGGGGAGAAUGGACUGUUUAUCAGCUGGUACGCCCCAAAGCAGGGUACGAAGAAGCCAGCGACAGAUAUUGGGUUUACAGCCUGGGCCACUGCCUUUAUGAACUCAUGGGACCCGACGAUCGCAUCCGAGACCUUCAGAACCCAGUCAGUCGGCUUCCUCUCCCACGUAGAACUAGAUAGACUAAACGUGAACCCUGGCCCCGUUGCAUUCGCACUCCGCGACCUCAUCGCAACGGAGAACGACCUGAACCCAAGCUGCGCCGUCACCAUCGCCAGAGCCCGAGAAAUCGCAGCAAACACACCUACCAAGCCCGAACCCCCUUUCCCGCGGCCCAUGUUCGGCUACAUCCUCCUCGCUGCUUCUGAAUUAGGCGACGACGAAACUCUCCAUCACUUACUAAACCACGUCGAUCGGUUCUUCAGCCCUACCUGGCAGGAUGGCGGCCUGUACUAUCCCGUGAACCCGCGGCAGGCUGACGAUGAUGGAAACUGGACCGAGGUUGAGCCCUUUACGGGGAACAGUGCGGUAGCGUAUGCGCGGCUGAAUGUGCGUGGUGGGCAGAGGAAGAUGUGGGAGGAGCCAUGGACGGCUGAGCAGGUUGGUAUGGCGCCGUACGUGGGUGGUGUCGGUUUGGAUAGCGGGGUGGAUUUCCUGAGAGGGAUCUGGGACGAGGAGAGGAAGGCAUUGGUUGUGACGAUGCGAUCAUAUCGGUCUUCUCAAAGUCUUCGCCUUCAAAUUCAUAAUCUUCCCGUCGGGGUUUAUGGGAUUUACUGCAGUGGAACUUUGACAGAUACCCGUGCCAUUGAAUGGAGCGGGGAUGUGAUGGGAGUAUCUGUGAAUGUUGGUGAGGAGGAUGUGGAUUUUGUUGUUCUCAAGGAUGAAGACCGAUAG